AUGAUAUUUGGUUUUGAAAAUGGAAAAAGGAAACACGGGAUGCAAACGGUACAAGCAAGAUGGUUAUUUGUGAACAAAGAUGAGAAUGUAUUAACAUGGCUUCAAAACAUCAACUUAUGUUUUCACUUUGAGGUUGAACAACAAGUGAAUGGUUGUUUCUUGAAUUUCUUCGGAUUCAAUCGAACAGCCGGUGUUUGGAGGAUGAAGGCUUUGGAGGACUCAGGAGGGUGGUUGGAGAGGACAACGGUUGAAGCCAUGGACAUAACUGUUAGAACUCAUUUGAAUGGAUGGAAAUUCAUAUACCUUAAUGAUGUUAAAUUUCUUUGUGAAUUACCUGAAUCUUAUGAAGCUUAUAAGAAACAACAACAUCGUUGGCAUUCUGGUCCUAUGCAACUUUUUAGGCUUUGUCUUCCAGCUGUAAUAACUGCAAAGAUACCGGUUUGGAAGAAGGCUAACUUGAUCUUUUUGAUCUUCUUAUUGAGGAAACUUAUACUUCCCUUCUAUUCGUUCACCUUAUUCUGCAUCAUACUACUACCCUUAACAAUGUUCAUACCCGAAUCAGAACUACCUCUUUGGGUAAUCUGUUAUGUCCAAAUCAUCAUGUCAUUCUUAAACAUCCUUCCAUCACCAAAAUCAGUCCCUUUCCUUGUCCCUUAUCUUGUUUUUGAGAAAACAAUGUUGGUAACAAAGUUCAAUGCAAUGGUUUCUAGCGGCGCAACUUUAGGAUCAAGAAAAUGUUGA